GUUCUCUUUCUUUCUAGAUACAUACCUACCUACCUAACCUACCUAUAACUAACGACUUACGUGUACGAGCAACUACGGGAUGCUAUUAGGUGUUUGAUUUUUUGGCGUACGUAGGGCGGGUCUGGCGUUGUAUUUUUUAUUUUUUUUUUAUUUUUUCUUUAGACAAGCGACGAGUACAUACAUAUUGCCAUGUCUUGUUUGGUAUAAGGAGUAUUUCAUAAUUAUUGAUCAAGUAACUAGGUUAGUUACUUGUUUUACUUUGGUUACCAUCAGUGAUUAUCAUCUCUUUGUCUUGGGUCUUGGGUCCUGGUCUUGGUGGUCCUCUUCUCUUGCCCUGACGUGUUGUGCUUCCUCGGUCCCCGCUGCCCCGUCUCUUUUUCAAAUCAUACGCCCUGUUACUCACUUAGUUACUCACUUAUUUACGUACGUACACACUCACUCACUCCUCAACCUACUUCGCCUGCCCCAGCUACGAUGAAGAUCCGAUUCAAGUCUCCCUCGGGCGGAGGAACGCUGGAACUCGACGAUGCCUCCACAGUCGACCAGCUCCUCGAAUCCAUCAGGUCGAGCACCGGCUUCGCUGACGUCACUGUCAAGUAUGGCUGGCCCCCUAAAGCUCUAACCGCCGAUCAGGCCCAGCUCUCGGCGCAAUCUCUCGGCCUUCAUCGAGAGAACCUCACUGUUGUCCUCAAGGAAGAUGCUUCCGCUGCUGUCGCACAUAAUACGCCUCCUGUCCCAGAACCCGCCGCGACCACCACACCCCCCGCGGCGGCUCUCUCCGGCCUCCCGUCUUCGCUUCGGGGCCGCGAGAAAAGCAAAGGCCAAGGUAUCAAGGACCAGAACAUCAGCGUCGCCAUGCCGGAAGCCAGCUCUACGCUAGUCCUCCGCGUCAUGCCCGACGACAACAGCUGCCUCUUCACCGCCGUCGGCGGCGCCCUCCGGGGCCUCCGCUCCGGGCCCGACGAGUCCUUCACCGCAGACUCCCUGCGCCGUCUAGUGGUCGAGCACAUCCGCGCCAACCCGGAAAAAUACAGCGCCGUGAUCCUCGGCAAGCAACCCGAGUCCUACUGCGCCAACAUGCUGCGGCCCGACACCUGGGGCGGCGAGAUCGAACUGGCCAUCAUCUCGGAAGUCUUCCAGCUCGAGAUCUGCGUCAUCGACGUCAAGACCGGCACCGUCUACCGCGUCGGCGACGGCAACGGCUACCCCCUGCGCUGCGUCCUCGUCUACUCCAACGUCCACUACGACCGCGUCGCCGAGAUCUUCGUCGACGGCCAGGAGAUCAUGGAGUUCGACGUGACGCGCUGGGCCGCCGACGAGAGCAGCGAGUACAUCAUCGCGCGCGCCCAGGAGAUGUGCCGGAAGCUGAAAGAAGAGCAUCACUACUACACCGACACUUCCGACUUCGUCAUCAUGUGCAACGAGUGCGGCUGGAUCGGCCAGGGCCAGAAGGCUCUUGCGAAGCACUCCCUGACCACCGGACACUCGGAUAUCAGCGAGAUUAAGGAUACCGGUGCGUAGACGGCGGUUAUACAUUUACUACUAGUUGGGGACCGUUAGGUCGUUAUAGUAGAAAUCCUCUUGUACAUAGUAUGAUAUACGGAUGCUGGAUGGCGCAGUCCGCGGAGAGUUGGAGAUGGAUACCCUUACUCGAGAGAAAGAGUAGCAGAUACUCGAAUGAGACUCACGAUCAGUCAUGCUUCAUACCUAUAAAUAUGUUCAAGGUCUCUAUACUGGUUUGAUGCUUAGCAAUAGAGAUAAUUGCAUCGAUUUCCUAAUGAUGCUAAUGAUACGUCUGCGUACUAUGUAAAGAAGGGAAUAUUUUAAUAAUGUUCGACAGGCAC